AUGAAAGCAAAGAAAAAGAGUGUAAAGAAAAGCAAGUUAGAGGUGAGUAACAAUUUAAUUAAUGAAUAUUAUAACAUAAUUCCAAAUAUUGAAAUAGAAAUUGAAAAUUUACUAAAAACUUUUCAUGUAAAAAAAUAUGAUUACAAAAUAAUUCAUUUUUUAAUUGAUAUAAUACAAAAUGAAACGCUUAAAAUACUAAGGAAUGCAAAAAGUAUAAAGGAAAGUAUAAAUCAUAAAAAUCUUUCUAUACAUGAUGAACCGAAUAACAAUAUUAUAAACAAUGAUGAGAAUAAUUAUGAUGAUCAAAGGAAGAAUAGCACAAUGUUCGACCAAAGCAAAAAUAGAGCUUCGUUUGACAAAAGUAGUUCAACAGUUAACCUAAAAAUUUGUAACAUAAAAUGCGAUGAUAAAUGGAAUGACAGAAAAGAUGGGGAACAAGAAAAGGACGCAGAAAGAGAAGGUAAAAAUAAAGGAGAAAAGAAUGAUGUUAUGAACGAUCCAAACUAUAGUGAGGAAAAAGAAAAUGUGCAUAAAUGUGCAGCUAGUGGUAGUAAUAGUAUAAGAAAUAGUAGUAACUGCAAUGAGGACCAUAAUGACGGGGAUUGUAACAGAAGAAAUGGAGAAAAGGUAGUAAAGGGAGCCGUCGGUGUGGAAAGGGGUGUAAAAGAAGAUGCUGGUGCAAGCAUAGAAGCUGGUGUAGAUGUAAACGUUGACUCCAACGAGGGUAUUGACUUGGAAGGGGAAAAAAGCCAAGAUUGCAUAAAUAACGCAAAUGCGAAGAUGAACAUUAUAAAACAUAAACAGAGUCAGGAAAAAUUGAACCUCCCAGAAUCGUCCACUAGCGAAGCAGUGAAUACGAAGGAAGGAGAAGAGGGAAAUAAAGACAUACGUCAAGAAAUAGAAACAAGUGAGAAUAACAAAAAUGAAGGAAAUUUAGAAAACAGUAAGGAACUACAAAAUGAAGCAAGUACUGUGCAACUGCAGAAUGAUGAAAACAAUUAUGGAAUAUUUAAAAAGAUUUCAAGUUAUUUUACAAAGAAAAACAAAGUAGAAGAGGAGGCCUUGAACAGUAUUGAACAGAUAAACUUAUCUGGGGUAUUCAGUAAUGGAGAUGAUAAUAAUCUAAACAACUUAUUAUGUGAAAACAACAAUGAACUUAUAAAUAUAGGAAAGCUAAAUACGCAGGAAGAGAUGGAUCAGAAGACUGUUGAAGAAUUUGUUCGUUCCGAUAAGGAAAGAAGUGCACAUGAUGAGAUGGUUAACGAAAAGGGGGAAAAUGAUAACAUGCUUAACGAAAGAGUGUCAAGUGAUACUGUCAUAGGUACAGAUGCGAUGAAUGACGAAAACAAAACUGUUAACAAUACAACAGACGAAAAAAUGAAAAAUGAAGUUAUCGAUGAAAAAGAAAAAACAACUAAUGAAGAGAAUAAUGUGAAGAAUGCAAAUGAUGAAAUUAUAGAGAACAAUAUGAACAGCAACACGAACAGCAACACGAACAGCAACACGAACAGCAAUAUGAACAUCAAUUUGAACAGCAAUGUGAACAGCAAUAUAAAUAGCAAUAUGAACAGCAAUAUAAAUAGCAAUAUGAACAGCAAUAUGAACAGCAAUAUGAACAGCAAUAUGAACAGCAAUAUGAACAGCAAUAUAAACAGCAAUAUGAACAGCAAUAUAAACAGCAAUAUGAACAGCAAUAUAAAUAGCAAUAUGAACGGAAAUAAUAAGGAUAAGAUACCAUACGAGGAAAAGGAAGAUAACAAAAAUGGCAGUAUCAGUAUGGCUGAACACAAUAAUGUUAAUGAAAAGACGACGCAAAAUAACGAUAAAGAUGGAAUAAAAAAAGAGAGCGUAAAUAAUAUCAACGAGCAAGUGCUAAUAAUAGAUGAGGUGAGCGUAAACCUAGCCAUAAAAGAAUAUGUGUUAAAAUAUAUUUACAGAAAAAAAAACGAUGAUUUCUUAUUUGAUGAAUUAGCAUAUCAAACAAAAGAUACAAACAAUAUAAUUAUUGAUAGAAAUGUAAAGUACCCAAGUGGGUUUCCUCCUUACCUACCUGAUGAUUGUUCUAUUAAUACAGUACUCCCAUCAUGGAAUAUCAAGUACAAUUUUAAUUCUGCAAAGAAAAAAAGUUAUAUCUAA